AUGCCACCGCAGCUCGAUUUCCGGGCAUAUACAUCGGGAGAUGACUGUGAACGGCAGCGAUUCCGCGUACAACUGCGAGAGGCAAUGCAGCGCUGGGGCUUCGUCUCCCUCGUCCACUACGGAGUGCCCUCCGAUGCCAUCGAACAGCUGUUUGCCAUGAGCCGCGCCUUUUUCGCCUUGGACGAGGUGCAUAAGAUGUCUGUGCCACACCCUCCCGUGCCGAAUCCUCACCGCGGAUACAGCUACCUCGGCCAAGAGUUCACUUCUGGCCUCAGUCGCGCCAAGGAAACCGAAGCGCGCCAUGGACGUCGUUUGCGCGAUCUGAAAGAGACCUUUGACUGGGGCUCACGCCACGACACCCUCUUCCCCAGCGUCUGGCCCGACGAUGCCGUGCUGCCGGGCUUCCGCGCCGUCCUCGACACCCAUUUCGAGCGCGCACGAGAGCUACACCGGAGCAUCCUCCGCGCGCUGGCAGAGAGCCUCGAUGCCGACCCCGACACGUUCCUCGCCGCACAUCAAUGCCACGACAGCGAGGCUCGAUUGGCGCAUUACCCCCCGGUACAGGCGCGUGAUCUGGGUAGUGAGCGCGGUACUAGCCGAAUAUGCGAGCAUACGGACUCGGGGUCGGUCACGUUGCUAUGGCAGGACAACGCAGGCGGUCUGGAGAUUGAAGAUCCUGCGACGGGGACAUUCAUUCCCGUAUCGAACCCAGCACCAGCAGUAUUGGUCAACCUAGGCGAUGCAAUGGAGCGCUGGACCAAUGGCCUCCUGCCUGCAGCCUACCAUCGGGUGGGAAAGCCCAGUAGUAGUAGCAGCACUAGUGGCAGUACUACUGGCAGUCGGGAAGGGGAAGGGAAUAAUAAUGACAACGAUGACAAUGAUGACAAUGAUGACCAGGUGGCUGGGCGAUUCUCCAUCAUGUACUUUGGCAAGCCGGAUCGUAAUGCCUCACUCGCUCCAUUGGGCCAGUUUGUGAGUGCAGAGCGGCCGGCCAAAUAUGCCGUUAUCACUGGCGCGACGCUGAAUCAAGGGACCUUGCUUCGUACAUAUGAGCCAUGA